AUGGCAGCCGAAUGGAGAAAUAAAUGCCGAAAAAAGAUUAUAAAUCGGUAUAAGAGUAUUGUUGGACGCCAGCGAAGGCACCAAAGGUCAGAAAUGGAGAGCAAUUACGUCAUGGUUGAGGCAAUUAUGAACGAGCUGCGAAGCACGAGGCAGCAAACGGAGUGGUGUGAUUUGUAUGAUCGGUGCACUUUCAAAAACAAACAAGACAUCGAUAAUGCGGACAUUAACCUCAGCAGCAACAACAACAUCAUCAACAACAACAAAAACAACGAAAACAACAACAACGACACAAAAAUAAACCAGGAUUCAUUCAAGACGGCGAACGACGCCAUCAAGUGCUUGCGUAGGAUCAUUCUCAACGUCCUAUCACAUCGGUUCCCCGCUGAAGAGGACACAACCAGCAGCAACAUCAACGACAUCAGCGACUGCAAAGAUGUACAUUACCCUGAUUUUAAUUUAUUUUCAUCCUCUUCAUCCCAAUCGUCAUUCCAAGACAAACGAAAUAGGAAAGACAUGAGAAUGCCGAUGUUACUAAAGAGGCCUGGGAUGAAUUUGGAACAUUUGAAAAAUCUAAAUAAAGUAGCAGUAGCGCCAUUUAAUAGCACUUUCCUCGCCACCAACCACAACAGUAAAACAACUGCAUAUGUCAUUAAUCCAACGACAUCAUCGCUCUAUUUUAAAGAUAAUUUGCUAACCUCAAGUUUACCAAACGAAAUAAAAUACAAUGAAAAGAAGAUUAACAGCAAAGACGUUGAUAAAAACAUCAAUAGCAGUACCGACAGUAACAACAAAUUGAAAGCGAGAAAGCACAUACUAUCCAGCCAGCAGAACAACUCCGCCUCAAAAUCAUUUGAUACCUCGGUUAAAAGUUCAGCCGAACAUCAUGACGGCCAGGAGAGGACUCAAACAAUUUUAGGACGAAGCGUCUCAAUGAUGAGAUUGGCUAAAAGUCUGUCUAACUUGAAGACGAACAUCAACGGCUUUAGCAAAUCGGCCAUCGCACCACUAGUCCAAGAUGGCGACGAUGACGUCAUUCAUAACAAUGAUGACGUUGACGAGUAUAAAAAUAAUAAUAAUAAUAAUAACGACGUUAAUGAGUAUGAACAUGAAGCAUAG